GAGGACGAGCGCAUCCGCAGUCUGCAGCAGACUGUGCAGGGCGCGGUGGUCCGCCUUGCCGCGGAUUUGUACUCGGGGGAAAGCCACUUCUUGCUCGAACUCCUGCAAAACGCGGACGAUUGCGGCUACAGUGAAAACAUCGUGCCUGCCCUGGUGUUGACGGUUGUGGACUUCUCAGUUUUAUCUGCUGCAUCAUCGUCGAAGGCGGCGCGCGCGCGGAAAACUCGUAGCAGAGGAAAACCGGAAUUGGACAGAAGCGCUGCUGGUGAGGAGGACAUUCUAGAUUCGGCCAAUGCGUGGACGACGUUUCAUUGUGACGAUGUCGAGACCAGUAUGAGCUCUGGCCCGAUCCUGCUGAACGGAAAUGACAGAGGACAUCAGCGCGCCGGCAGAGGCGCACGAGGCACAGCAGGCGCGGGUGGCAGAGCAUUGCGUAACAAGAACGAGGCAACUAUCGAACAAACCGGAUACGGAAAGAAUGCAACUAGAACUGUAGUUGCUCCGGCGCAAGGAGGGCAGACGAGCAACAGGAUUUCCGGCCUACUGAUCAGCGAGCAUUGCGAGCUUGGGUUCCGCGAGAAGGACGUGCGGGCGCUGUGCGACAUCGCUCAGUCGACGAAGAAAAACAAAAAGUUCAUCGGACACAAGGGUGUCGGCUUCAAGUCAGUUUUUAAGGUCACCAGCACGCCGGUGAUUCACUCCGGCGAGUUUUCCUUCCACUUCGAUGCCAACGCGCUCAACGGCCUGGGCUACCUGGUCCCGUUUCCGCUACGCAAA